AUGGCGCAGCAUAUGCUCCAGAUUACGUCCGAGAGCGCCUCUGCGCCGCCUCAGGUGAAGCCGCAUCUGCUGCCUUGCCGGAUUCACCACACUGGCCCUGUUGGCGCGACCGACCUGUUCUGGGCGCCGAAGACAGAGGGAACAAAACAUACGGCCUACUUCCGCGGUCGCAAGCUCUGCGGACACGCCGUCCACGUGCCCGAGGGAUAUCGCGGCGUUGUGGGCGCACGGCAGCCAUCGGCACAGGAGCAGGCACGGCAGCGGAACGAGCCCGAAGAAAUUAUCGACGUCGACGCAGAUGUGGAUGACCAGGCGGCACAACGCCAGCAGACGGUGACGGGUGGGCUGGCUGUGCUGGCCGAAUUCGACGAGAUGAUCGUAUGGGGACAUCACAGCGCGCCGGACGCGGCAACGGAUGCACACAUGCGGGGAGUGGACGAGUGGCUGGCGCUGUCCGAACAGAUACACUCCUACCCCAAAGAUGAAGGUGAUGGCACCGGGAAAGCUACAGGCUAG